AGAGCGAGCUUUGGUAUGGUGUAGAUCGAGGGCUCUCAGUCCGAGAUAUACAACGGUUACGUUUACGUCGUUAUACAACGCGAGUCAAAAUUAUUUCGCAUAUAAAAAAUAAAAAAAAACUCAAUUGAAGUGUCCUCACAUAAAAAAUCUUUUUUGGAUAAUCGUGUCAUUAUUUUGGAUUAUGUUGAUUGUGAUCUUGUGGUUUAAAUUUCCAAGUGAUUAUUGUUAUUUUUAGUGAGUGUUUCUAUUUGAAGGAUUAUUAUCUCUGUGUUAUCUUUUUAAAUUGGAUUUUCAUUUUGCAUGAAAUAAGGUACUCAGGAACAUUCCCAGUUAUACAGUCACCUGGAGAGGAGCGAAGAGCAGGAAGAACGUUUCGAUAACCAAGUUAUCGUCUUCAGAGACUGAAGAUCGUUGGAUAUCAGAUGCAGAAGACUAGCAAGUUACUCCAUGAGAAGCUGUGCAAUACGAUGAUACAAAAUUAGAAACCUGAUCAGGGAUUAACCAAGACAAUCAAAAAUGACGUCAACACACAAAUUUCUACUCCUCCUUCUGCGGAUAUCUACUUAUCACUUAUUAGGUUUGGCGGAACAAAUCGUUGAACAAAAAUUCGCCAUGGAACCUCAAGACCAAACUGCUGUAGUCGGAUCUAAAGUAACGUUGCCAUGUAGAGUUAUAGGAAAAAGUGGAAUUUUACAAUGGACAAAAGACGAUUUCGGUUUGGGAAUGCAUAGAAAUCUUAGUGGUUUUGAUAGAUAUUCAAUGGUUGGAAGUGACGAAGAGGGUGAUUACUCACUUGAGAUAUCACCAGUGAUGUUAGAUGACGAUGCGAAAUACGAAUGUCAAGUAUCCACUGGAGCCCAAGGUCAAAUGGGAAUCAGAUCUCAUUUUGCUAAGUUGACGGUAUUAGUUCCACCAGAUCCUCCGAAAAUAAUUCAAGGUGAUUAUCUUGUUACCACGGAAGAUAGAGAAAUUGAAUUGGAAUGUAUCAGUCACGGCGGCAAGCCUGCGGCUGAAAUUACGUGGAUUGAUGGCUUAGGAAACGUUAUGUCUGAUGGCAUAGAAAAUAUAGUAGAAAAGCUCUCAGACGGCAAAAGAUUUACUGCGAAAUCAAUAUUGAAAUUAACACCAAGAAAAGUUCAUCAUAAUACCACUUUUACUUGUCAAGCACAGAACACCGCCGAAAGGACGCAUAGAUCGGCGAAAUUGAAAUUAGAGGUUAAAUAUGCUCCAAAAGUUUCGGUGUCUGUUCUUUCGGGAUUGGGUUCCAACGGACGUAUACCAGAAGGAUCGGAAGUUAGAUUGGGUUGUAAAGCUGAUGCUAAUCCAUCCGACGUUACUUAUAGAUGGUUCUUAAACGACGAACCAGUUCUGGGUGAUUUCAAUACAGAAAUGAUUCUUCAUAAUGUCACUAGAAAACACCACGACGCUAUAGUGAAAUGCGAAGUUCAUAACGCAGUCGGAAAAAGCUCGGAAAGUCAAACCCUAGAUAUUAGCUAUGGUCCCCAGUUUCGUACUAGGCCGAAGUCGGUGCAAGCUGAUUUGGGCUCAAGUGUUACUUUAUCUUGUGACGUUGACGGUAAUCCUGUUCCUGAUAUUUCUUGGUUUCACGAAGAUCAGCAUAAAAUUGUUAGUACCAGUCCAAAUUUGACGUUGCGGAUAGAUCAAACCACCGCGGGAAGAUACUAUUGCAAAGGGAAAGUACCGGGAUUUUUAGAAAUUGGCGCUGAAGCAACCGUUUAUCUAAAAGGUCCUCCAUCUAUAAUAAGCCACAAAACCCAAUUCGGAAUCGAGGGAGAUAACGUUAGAGUGGAAUGCACGGCUUUUUCAAUUCCGGCACCAGAGAGAGUUGUAUGGACGUUCAAUGGACGUGAAGUGGAUAUCAACGAUCAAGACUAUUCGAUACUAGAAGAUCCUCUACCGGAGGGUAUCAAAUCGACGCUUAUCAUUCGAGAAUCACAGGAGAAACAUUUUGGGAUGUACAAUUGCAGUGUUUCUAACCCGUACGGAAGCGACGUUGUCGAAAUUAGUCUAAUGCCCCAAAAGAGUUUUCCAAUGUUGAUUAUCAUCAUUGGAGUUGCUGGAGCCAUCAUCGUCAUAAUAAUAAUCAUAAUGAUUAUAUUCCUUUGUCAAAGGCAGAACAAUAAGAAACAAUCCCCAGAAAGAGACGUGAAUACGAUGGAGAAACAAUGUAAGGAAUCAGAUAGAAGUUCAAAUAUUUCUGAUCUGAAAUUAGACUUGAGGACGGGAUCUUCUAACAGUAAUGUUCAUUGCGAUAUGGAUUAUAUACCGGGCGCGGAAUCGGAAACUGGUAGUGAAUCGGUUAUAACUAGAAUUGGUGUACCUUUAGCCGGACCUGUUAACGUUCCCGGACAGGAUAUGUACAGAUAUUCAGCCGAUUAUACAGAACCGAGUUUUCCACCAAAGGAUGGUCAAAAUAACAACGGUUAUGUACCGUACGUGGAUUAUUCAAGAGAUUAUAAUCCGCCUAUAAUGCAACCUCCUAUUACGUCUUCUGUCGAUCCAACCAGAGAGACUCUUCAAUCAACUCGUCUUCAAUUAAACUCCCUCCAAAAUCACCAGCUUCCCGUUUUAGGAUCUGGUUUACCAUUGAACGAUUUAUCUGAUCUUCAUUUAUCGCAUCAGGGAAUACCUAAUGGAGGUUUACCUUCCAUAGAUCCACGAUUCAGUGCGACGUACGGUAAUCCCUAUUUGAGAAAUCCGAGCGUCGGUCUUCCGACGCCGAAUACGGCGAAUCCUUCGGCGACGCCGGCGCCUCCGCCAUAUUCCAGAGAUAAUUCCAGACUAAUUAGUUCUAGUGCCAUGAUAACUGCUAGUGCCAACGUGGUAAAUACCGUAGUGGCCAACGGGGCGAACGGGUCGUUGCCGCAAGUAACUCGAUUACCGAACUCUCCUACGAGUCAAUAUAUAGUUCCAAAUUCGAAUAUGGCCACGCUCAAAAGAGGAACAAUGGCCACUCACGUGUAGUGUAGUACUUUUCUCCGGAAAUGUGUUGUAGGCGAAGAAAUUUAUCAAAAAAAACAUUGAAUGGGGAAAGUAAACACUGAAAUCGUUUCAUAUUUCGACGUUUCUUUCAUAUUUUGUAAAAACCAAUCAAAUAUACCAUCAAUAUAUACUGAAAUAUACAGUGAGAUCGAUUCACAAUCGAUAUCUUCGUAGUAGAAACUUCUUGUUAUGUUUCGUAUGUACUUGACAUUUCAUAUUUUUUUGCUCAAUAAACGUUUAUUUUCGGCAUCUACUUGUAUAAAUGGAAACUAGUAACUUAACCCCAGCUCUAACGAUCAAAAGUUUAUCUAAAUGGUGUUAUUAUCAGGGAUAUGUAUACAUACAUAACCUCAAAUACGUCAACCCUUCGAAACUUUCGAAUUUACUAAUUACUAUUUCAGCAAAAGUUGCAUUUCUAUGAGGAAAACAGAAACUUAACCUCACUUUUAAUGAUCAAAAGUAUGUUCUCAAUCAGGGAUAUCGGUUUAUAUAACCUCAAAUAUGUUUGCAACUCUUCUAAACAUUUCGAAAUUAUUCAAAUAUUGUAUUUUAUCGAAUAUAUUCGACGUUUCCUUUUUUUGGAAAUAUUUUCAUUCACAAGCGUUCAUCUUCAACAGCAGCAUGUCUGUAACGAAACUGAACCUCAUUAUUAACGAUCAACGGUAUGUUGCAUUUCUGUAAAGAAAACAGAAAAAUAACCUCCCUUUUUACAAUCAACGGUAUGUUUUAAGUGAGCGACAUAAUUUCCUAAGCCCUUCGAAACUUUCUAAAUUUUGUACUUUCUCAAAUAUACUCGACGUUUUGUGAUUUCUUUUAGAAUUAUUCGUUCUAAAUCGUUCAUUUUCAACAACAGCUGUAUCUCUAUAACUUAACCUCACUUUUAACGAUCAACAGAAUGUUCUUAGUAGCGUCAUAAUCAGGGAUAACUGUUUAAAUAACCUCAAAUAUGUUCACAACUUUUCGAGAUUAUUCCAAUAUUGUAUUUUCUCGAAUAUAUUCGACGUUUCGUUUUUUCUUUGGUUUUUUUCAUUCAAGAAGCGUUCAUCUUCAACAGCAGCAUGACUGUAACGAAACUUAACCUCACUUUUAAACGUCGUCAUAAUCAUGGAUGUGUCUAAAUAUAACUUCAAAUAUCUUCAAAACUUUCUAAAGUUAGUGAUAUUUUCGGUUUAUCUUUCACAAAUCGUUCGUUGUAAUCUGUUCACGAUCGCACUGUAUAUGAAAUAUAAUUUCCGAUUAAUGUUAAAGCUUAACGAUCAGUGAUUACUUUUGCGUUCAUAUUUUUAAUUAAAAAAAAAUAGAGUUUUCGGGGUGAUGUUAAAAUAUAAGUGAAUUUAUAAAAAGACUGAAUAUUAAUAAAUUUCUCUUUAGAAAAUAAUAAAUUAAAAAGAAAAACUGUUCAUAUUUGGAUUAAUACCCAAACGGAACGCAACUUUACUAGACAAUUAAAUUAAUUGAAACAAAUGGUCGAUUAAAACUUAAUCAGAAAAGUAAAACAAAAUUGCUUUGUGAAAUUUGAUGGAGUUUACACGCUGUUUUUCUUAUUUUUCAAUCUACAUAAAAAAUGUGACAACACUGUUGAAACUUUCAAUAGCUUUUGAUGAAUAAUUAUCGUUCCCUGUGGUAAUUCUAAGAAUAAAACAAUUUUUUGUUGUGUGUCAUCUGCUAGUGAUUUUUUUGCUCUGUUUUAUAAGUCUAUGAAUAAAACAGAUUUUUUUAUUUUAUGUCAUCUGUCAUUGGAGAUUUUUCGUUCUGUUAGUUAUAAUCAUUGAUAACUAAUUAUUGUGAUUGAUGCUAGACAAAGUGUUGACUCCAUCAAAUGAUAGGAAUGCAUAUUUUUCAUUAUUUAGGGAGUAAUUUUUAAUUUAAAUUGCUUGAAAUAUUAUGCAUUCUUAGACAAAACAAUUACCAAUCAUGUACAUAUCAAAAUUAGUCUUUUUAGACUGGUUUUAUAUCGAAGGUCAAUUCUUUAUUCAAGAUUUCAAAGAUUUCAUCAAUCUAGUAGUGUCUUGGAACUAGAUAUAUUUUUGUGAAACUUCCAAAACCAUUUGGUCUCAAACUAACUUUUCAACUUUAUGAUUAUUUAAUGAAAUUCAAGUAGGUAAUGGGAAAUUUUUGAAAAAAAUUAGCACAAUCCAUUCUAUUUGAUACUUGCUCAGAAAUAUAAAACUGAUCAUUCUCCGUCCAACUUUCUGAAAAUAUAGGCUAUGUUAAUAUCUGAUUUCCUAUCAGAGAAAUUGAAGAUUUAAAAUAUGCGAGUGAAAGAAGAAGAAAUGUAAUCAGAGACAAAUUCUUCUUCUCGUCUUUGUGUUUUUCGUUAUUUUUGCUUGUGAAAAAGAAGAAAUCCACAAAUCUGUCAGGCAAAAGCAUUUACAAGGUCAAAUUGAAUGUCAUUAUAUGUGUUUGGUAUAGAGCGCGCCCGUAUUCUUUAGAUUUUGGAGCAUUUGUGUUUAUGCACGCUCGACACGCAAGUGAUUUAUUCGAUUAGGACUUUCUAAGAUGUGGAAAACUAUAAGUAAUUUUCCAAAUUUACAAUAAUGAUCAUAGAAAAGGUGAUAAAUCUGCGAAAGUGGAAAAAACACGUUUUCAUGCAGUUGAUGGACAAGUACAAAAUACAAACUUGGGGAAAAUAAAAAAUGUUUUCGUUUGAUUGUGUUACAGGCCAUAAUUGAAGCUUAUACACUUUCUGAGAAAUUAACAGCUUUCUUAAACAAUCUAUUCAGUGAAAUACUGUUUCAAUGUCGAAUUGAAUGGAUUGUGUUUAAUAAUAAAAUGUUCACCAUUUUUGAAAAGAAUGUUAGACAAAAAAGUUGCAAGUAUUCUUAAAAAAAUUCACAUUUUCAAUAAUUUUUUCAGUCCUCUCUUCAAUAACCAUAUUACCAACGAAUUUUGAACGUUUUACUUUUAUAAAUUAUACAGGAUGUUUUUAAAUUUAUUAAAAAAUAUCAGAAGAAUUAUUUCUUAUUGACACUUAUUUAUGAAAAUAUAGUACGUAGGAAAGGAAUUCAAAGCCUAAUUCAUAGGUAAUUACCAUGGAAACCAUAUAUGUAAUAUUCCUAUAUGAACAGUUGGUAUGGGUAUAAAAAACUUUAUUGUUACAAAAAACACAAUUUACAAUUUUUUAAGCGAAUGAACUUAAUUAAUUUCACGAUUGAAUUAACAAAAUUCAUUGAAUGAAUUAGAUUCAUUAUUUUGAUGUUUAUAAUAUUCAUAUUUAUACUAAAAAAAUGCUGACCGUUGUUUAUGUAAUUUGAUCUUUAUGCGUUUUACUUUUUAGAACGUUCUGGAUUUUUUUCACAUAACUAGAGUUGUAAUUUCGUCCCUAUAUAACUUCAGCGAAAUAUUGAAAAAAAAUAUCAAAUAUACGCAAAUCACAAAAUUUUUACUCACAAAAAUCCGUAAAAAAAAUAUUUACCACCAACUUGAAUUAUUGGCGAUAAAACUUUCAGUAGAUUGGGGUUAAUGGUUAUACUAUAUCUAAAAGCUUGAAUUUAGAAACACCCUGUAUACUGAUAUGUUCAUCUUUUAGUUAUUAAUAUUCGUUUUUUUUCAAAUUGUUAUCCUAACAAUAUAAUCCGAAGUGUUUUUCUGUUAUAAAUUUGAAAUAUAUAUAUAUAUAUUUAUAAAUACCAAAGAUAUUUUUUGUAUAGUAAAUUCUAAUAAAUGUAUAUUUUUGAAAAGUCGAUUCAACGAUAAAUCACAUCAUAGGAGAAGACGUUGGCCUACAUUGUAACAUUUAUUUUAAUUAUUUUAAGUGCAAUUUCGUAUUUUUUGUACUUAAAAAUCAUAUUUAAUAACAAUGUCUUAUCACAGAGAAUUUUAACAGAUUAAAAUUUUUCUUUAUUGAUAGAAUAUCACGCGUUAUCCAUUUUAAACCGAGUCCAUUAAAUUUUUUCUUCAUUUUCAUGCAAAUAGUUCAGAAAACGUGAUGGUCAUUAAAACAACACGAAAGGCUAAUAGAAUGUACUCGUGCUCAUGAGUGUUUAUAUAACAGACAGUAAGCUGGAUACAAGAAAACUUAAAUUUGACAGAUUAUAGGGAAUCAUUUUCCCAUUGGAAAAUUCCAUGACAAGAACUGGUGAUUAACUUCCUGAUCUAAUCGACAAUCAAGUUUUUUUAUUGAAUGUUAAGUCAGUGCUCAAUAAAGAAAAGAUCAUAUAAACCCCGUUUCAUUCAUCUAUGUUCAAAAAUUCGUCUAGAUCUAUUUAGUUCCUUUUAAAAUAUUUUAUAGCCACCCGCCAACGCCGUGUCAAAUUUCGUUUUGUAUAUAUUUCUUUACACAUUUGAUACAGUAAAAUAAAUAUAUAACUUGUUAUAAAUAAUUCCAAAUCGUUGAUUCGUGUUCAAAUUUCAUUAUAUACAUGCACCUUUAAGGUUAUGUUUACUAGCGAACCAGCGUCAUAUUCGUGUUCAUUCUAUACAUCGCUCAACUAACUAAUUUUGGGAAAAAAUUUAAUUUGUUAUUAACAUUUUAGUUUUUUCAUAUAACCUAAAAAUACUGAAGCAAUCUCAACGCACUCAUUUACACAUAAACUCAAAUAAUUUUUCACAUUAUUUGAAGUCAUUUAAGAAGCCUGCGUGUUUUAGUAAAAAACUUUCAUGUUUAUUAGAGAAACUAUGAUAUUAAAAUAGUUUUUUUAUUUGCAUAUUAGCAAAUGCUAUUUCAAGAUCUAAAUAUUUAAAAAAUAUAAUUUGGUUUAUUUGUUAAGCUAGAAUGAAAUUGUAAAAUAGCAGAAAUUAAAUAUACAGAUAGUAUUUUCGUCAGGUAACGAGUAAUUUAGUCGAGUAGUUAAUAUUCUAUAAUCGUUUUUGUUCACACGAAAUUGAAUAAAACCAUAAUGCCUUCAAAUACUCACUAACAAACUUAAACUCAAAAACAUUUUGGUAUUUGUUUUCUAAACUGAUGCACUCCACUGAGCAUAAUGUGUUCAAACUUUAGUGGCAGUUUAGUUAUUAGCUUGGAGGGGGGCUGUAGUCAAAAAUACUGGAUAUUAGCUCUGUACUCAUGAAAGAUUCGAUAGAUACUUUAAGAAGAUACUACCGAAAUAUUUGCCGUUUUGAAAAUAACGUCAUCAUUUUUUUGCGUUUCAUUUCUAUAAAUAUUAACAAUAAUUUGUUUGUGCUCGUCCUUCUUAUGCGGCUCGCCCCGCUUUUGCGGCUUUUUAUUUGUAGUAUUUCAUGCUACAACUGAUUUGGACCAAUAAUGAUGCUGCGUUUCGCCCGGGUUGUUCACGUGCUGAUCACACCCUGAUCAUCGUUUUAGUUAACUAUUUUUUUUUUCGAUAAAUAGACUUUAGCCGUUUCUGAACUAGGCUUUAGUGACGUGACAUCGUACAGACACCAUAACACUUGACGUUAUAGUUUGCACACUUAAUCCUAUUUCAUACGCAAUUUCCACUUGAUAAUACAUAACCUCAAACAGAAAUACACACAAACAGAGUAGCUAGGAAUAAAAUAAAAACUAGUUUAUAUUUUAAUUUAUAAUUAAAAACAAAGAGAAAUUAAUAUUAUCACAUUUUGUUUUUUUCUAUAACGAAUUUAUGCACAUACGUAGAAUUGUCAAGUCUUCUUGAAUGACGUUGAUGUUUGUAAAAAGUUUUUGAGGUUAUGUGUUAAGAAAUGUAUAAAAUAGGAGUGUUUCGUUUUGCAAAAAAUUAUGCCAUGUAUUCUAAGAGACGUUGAUAAGACUUAUUCGAUAAAUUUGUAAUAUUCUCUGUUUUAAACAUUGUCCCAUAUUCGUUUUUUGCUCAGUAAUUGUAGAUUAUCAUUUAUGUAUAAUUGUAUAUCUAUAAUUUGUGUUAAAUGUAUAUUUUUUGUAAGAUAUUACGAUAAUUUCAUAACAAGAAUAGUUUUUUAUUUACUAACUUUUUGUUAUAACGAAUCGACCGAAUGAAACUUAUCAGAUUUUCUUAUUUUAUUCGUUCGAUUUAUUUCCAAGUGAAUUAAAUAUAGUAUUGUUUAGCUCAAAACUAUGUAAAUAUAUAUAUCUGCGGAAAAGUUUUCUAUUCUAAUAGAAAAUCAUGUUACUAUUAUGUAAAAAGUUUUUUAAAUCUUGACAAAUAGCAAUAUUUAUAAAAUUUGUGAUUGUAAAAUAAACAUGCCUAUUACAAUU